GUGCCCAGCUGACUAGAUCAGUAUACUGCUGCUUAUGUCCACAUGCGUCAGGCCAGUGUUCUCUGCCUGUUCAUGUUCCACUCAGGAGCCAGGAUGGGAUCUCGCCAUUUUCCAGCUCGAACAGUGCUUUUUGAGAGGGAACUGAAUGGAGUGACUUACCGUGUCCCUGCUCUGCUGUAUAUCCACUGCAUGGGAAAGCUGCUGGCCUUUGCUGAGGAGAGGCUGAGUGCUGAUGAUGCUCAUGCCAACCUGCUGGUACUAAGGCGGGGGUCCUUCUACAGGAACUCUGUGGAGUGGGAAGACAUGAGAGCACUCGAGACUGCAACCUUGAGGCACCAUCGGUCCAUGAACCCCUGCCCAGUCUAUGAUGAAUUCACAGGCAUAGUCUUCCUCUUCUUCAUUGCUGUACUAGGCAAGACUCCUGAAGCUUAUCAGAUAAUUACAGGUCAUAAUGCUGCCCGCCUAUGCUAUGUGGCUAGUUCCAAUCAGGGUCUGAGCUGGAGCAAGGUCACUGACUUGACAGAGCAGGUCAUCGGCAGAGCCAUUGAAGAAUGGGCCACCUUUGCCCUUGGUCCUGGCCAUGGAAUUCAGCUCAAGUCAGGGCGUCUGCUGGUGCCUGCCUACACCUACCACAUUGACUGUAAGGAAUGCUUUGGGAAGCUCUGCAAAACAACUCCCCACUCCUUCACCUUCUACAGUGAUGACCAUGGCCAGACCUGGCACUAUGGUGAAUUUAUCCCCAACCUGCAGACAGGGGAAUGCCAGUUAGCCUCUGUGGAUGAGGAAGAUGGCAGUAAUGUCAUCUACUGUAAUGCCAGGAGCCCUUUGGGUUUCCGUGUGCAAGCCCUCAGCACUGACGAUGGAGCAGUUUUCCACUCAGGGCAGCUUAUUCCACGGCUGGUAGAACCACCGCAUGGCUGCCAGGGCAGCAUCAUUGGCUUCCCUGCUCCUCUCUUCUACAGCCUCAGCAAUCCCUACUCAUGUCAGAGAUCAUGUGGCUCCAUCAGUGGCUUAGAGUGCCCAUUGUUCUCUAAAAAUAGUGCUAGGCUUCAGUAUCUUCCUCUCUGCAAUGUGGGUAUUGAUACCCUACCAACUGAGACUUUGAUCUGUCAGCCUCAGGGCUACCAGCAACAUAUGGAAUCUGAAGGGCCCCAUCCACCCAGUAACUGUAGCAAUGAAACCCAGGGCACCCCAUCCUCUGUUUCAUCAUGCAGAAAUCAGGGACAGCACAAACCAGGAGCCACUUUCAAAUCCAAUGUCUUCCACCUCCCAACUUGGCUGCUCUAUUCCCAUCCAACAAGCUCCAGAUCUCGGAUCAACAUGGGGAUUUACCUCAGUACAUUCCCCCGGGAUGCGGAGAGCUGGACUGAGCCUUGGGUCAUUUAUGAAGGCCACAGUGCUUACUCAGAUCUGGCCUAUAUUGAACUACCAUACUCUGAGUUCUCAGCCACAGGGAUCCCAACCAUUGCCUUUGGCUGCCUGUAUGAAAAUGGGAUAAGGUCCCCAUAUGAGCAAAUCUCUUUCAGUCUGUUCACACUAUAUGAAGUGAUUCAGAACAUCCCCCUGAAAUCCACAUUACCUUCCUGUAAGCUCCCAUUGGCUAAUAAAAGGGAGAGAAGGAAGUGCUGUCUCAUCUCCUAG